CGGGGCGGGGCGCGCAGAGCAGCGAUGGCGCGGGGUGGCAGGAGCGUGUCCCGGCCCGCGGCGGCACCAGCGCCCGCCAGCCCGGCCCCAGCGGCCCCGAUGCCCGCGGCGCAGCCGGCGCAGCCCGGGCUGAUGGCGCAGAUGGCGAGCACGGCGGCCGGCGUGGCUGUGGGUUCCGCCGUGGGACAUGUCGUGGGCAGCGCCAUCACCGGCGUCUUCAGCGGCGGCUCCUCCGAGCCGGCCAAGGCGGCGGCGCCCGCCCAGGAGCCCCGGCCCGUGAUGCAGCAGUCGCCCUACGGACCCUGCCACUAUGAGAUGAAGCAGUUCCUGGAAUGUGCUACCAACCAGAGAGACCUGACCUUGUGCGAGGGCUUCAACGAAGCUCUGAAGCAGUGCAAGUACAGCAAUGGUGUUUCUUCUCUCCUGUGAAGAAUUUGCCCCCUCAUAGGGAAGAGGAUCAUGGUGUAGAGCCCCGCUAUCCCCAGGGAGUGGAAGGAUGGACAGGGAAUAAGCUGGAGGGAGCAGACUGACCAGACAGGAGUAUUCUAGCGGUAAAUCACAUCUGAACUAGUAGAGAAGGAAAGGAAUGAUUGGACCUUAGGGUCUUCAGAAUUCAGAUAGUGCUGUAUUUAUUACAGAGAAAUAAAGAAUUUAUUUGGACCUCUCA